AUGUCUCUCACAACCCCAAUCUACCCAGGUAUUAACCUCGAUGCCAACGAGGGACCUCUGUUGAACACAGUAUCAAUUGCUUUCAUCUCCUUAACUAUCUGCACUAUCGCCAUCCGCUCUUUUUCUCGUUGGUACACCGAGAUUCCCCUCGGUCUAGAUGACUUAUUCAUCCUUAUUGCAGCAAUUCUCUCGAUUGCAUACACAGCAAUAGUAAUGCACGAAGUUAAAACCAACUUCUACGGUCAACAUAUUGGUAAAUCAGAUCCAGAUCAUCUGAGAGCUUAUAUGAAGGGGUUAUAUGCAUUAGUAAUUUUUUAUCCCAUAGCUCUGAGCAUGAGCAAAUUAUCGCUACUAGGUCUGUAUUGGAGAAUUUUCGGUGUCACUGGGGGCAGAAUUCCGAUUCAUGUGGCCAGUGCCUUGAACGGGGCUUGGGGUAUUGCUGCUCUUGUUGUGGGAGUCUUCUCAUGCCAUCCCAUUCAAGCCUUCUGGGAUUCAACCGUUCCUGCAAAAUGUAUCAACUACCCAGUCUUCUUCACUUCCAACGAAGCAAUCACAAUCGUUUAUGAUGUCGUGGUUUUAUUCAUUCCCGUUUGGUUUAUUGUACAAAUCAAGAAGAGUGUGGGGGAGAGAAUUAGUAUCAGCUGCAUUUUUUUGUUGGGGCUCGUCGUAACCGUUGUUUCAGCAGUUCGACUCUGGAGGUUAGCUGUCGCGCAGAGAAAGCCAGGGUUUGAUCCUACUUUCAACGAAACAGACGCCGGUCUCUGGGCAAUAAUCGAACUCAACCUCUGGGUUCUUGUCGCCUCCAUCCCCACUUUCAGCCCCUUACUCGGGAAAAUCUGGCGCGAUCACGCCAAAAGAAAAGUCAAAAGUGGUGGUAGAAUUGGCAGUGGCACAUCCUCAGAAUACCCUUUUAGUAAACCUAAAACCACAGGCACGUUUUUCCAGAAGAAGUCGAGGAAUCUGGAUUUAGAUAUGGAAUCUGUGUUCGGGUUUGAGCUUGGGCAUUUGAAAGGAGGUCAGCCGGAUGUUGAGAGGAAUGGCACGGCAGGGAGUGCGAGAACAGGAGCUAGUGGUGGUACGGGGAUGAGUGGUGAUAGUGAGUUUGAGGAAGGUCUGGGUAUUCGGGUUGUAGAUGUGGAUCUGAAUAUGGAGGUGGAGGUAGAGGGGGUAAGGAACGCAUAUGGAUAUGCGUGUCACAGGGGUGGUGGUGGAAGUGGGGAGAAGGAAAGGUGGAGUGCUAAAGUGUGGGAUUUGGCGGGUAUAAGGGUUCAAAAAGAAAGGGAUGUUAGACGGGAGGCAGGUAUUUGGGUUUAG